AUGGAUGAGAACAAGAUACAAGUUACCGACGGCACCUGCCGCAAGGACGUGCUUGACUUUCCACCUAGCUCGCCGAAAUUGUCCGCCGGUGCCGCUGGCGGUACUGCUGUCGACGCGGUCGCUACGUUGAAGAGCAACGUGAACCCGCGCACGAAGCUGAAGCUAUUUCCGGUGCCAAGCAAGGAGCAAUGCGUGCUCCGCGACCAUUCCAACCAGCAGCAACAGUCUGCUGCUGCUGCUGCUGCUGACGGUGCUGUCGCCACCUCCCAAUCCACCCCCCGCUCGUCCUCGGGCUUCUUAUCGUCGCCGCCGCCGCCGCCGCCGUCGAGUCCUCUGGUCUCGCAACGGGGCCUGCCCUCCGACUACCAGGCCUUCAUCCAUACCUCUAGAUAUGCGCGCUGGGUGGAGUUCAAAAGGCGUCGGGAGACUUGGCCGGAGACUGUUGGCAGGUACCUGGACUUUAUGACUCAGCACCUGCACGACACCUGCUCGUACGACAUGCCAGCCGAGCUGCGCGCCGAGUUAUCGGAGGCCAUCAUCAACCUCGAGGUAAUGCCAAGUAUGCGCAGCAUGAUGACGGCUGGCGAGGCCCUUUCCAGGUGCCACGUGGCAGGUUACAACUGCUCCUAUCUGCCCAUCGACCACCCCUUCGCCUUCGACGAGGCCUUGUUCGUGUUGAUGAACGGCACGGGUGUGGGCUACAGCGUGGAGCGGCAGCAGGUGGACCAGCUACCGGCGGUGGCGGAGAGGUUCGUCAACAGCUCCUCCACGCUGGUGGUCGUGGAGGACAGUCGGGAGGGCUGGGCCCGGGCGCUGCGGGAGGUGCUGGGGCAGCUGUGGAUCGGCCAGGUGCCCCGCUGGGACACAUCCCGUCUGAGGCCCAAGGGAACCAGACUGAAGACCUUUGGCGGGCGCGCGUCGGGACCCGAGCCGCUGGAGGCGCUCUUCCUCUUUGCCGUACAGCUCUUCCAAAAGGCCCGCGGUCGCAAGCUCUCCCCCCUGGAGUGCCACGACCUGAUCUGCAAGGUCGCCGAAAUCGUGGUGGUGGGCGGCGUGCGUCGUUCCGCCCUCAUCUCCCUGUCCGACCUGGACGACGACGCCUUGCGGGGAGCUAAGACGGGGGCCUGGUGGGAGGACCACCCGCACCGCGCCAUGGCCAACAACUCGGCGGUGUACACGGAGGGGGUGCCCCCUGUGGGGGUGUUCAUGUCGGAGUGGAAGGCGCUGUACGACAGCGGAAGCGGCGAGCGCGGGCUGUUCAGUCGGGCGGCAUGUCGCAGGCAGGUGCUCCGCAACGGCGGCGGCGGGCGGAGGGACCCGGGGUUCGAGUUUGGCACCAAUCCCUGCAGCGAGAUCAUUCUGCGCCCGUACCAGUUCUGCAACCUAACGGAGGUUGUCGUACGGUCGUACGACGACGCGACCUCCCUGGCUCGCAAGGUCCGCCUCGCCGCCCUGCUGGGGACCUUCCAGUCCACAUUGACCAACUUGCCGUACCUGAGGGAGGUCUGGCGUGUUAAUACGGAGCAGGAGCGGCUGCUCGGUGUGUCCCUCACGGGGAUCAUGGACAACACGCUCACCUCGGGACGCCGUGGCACCGAGCUGCUGGGGCCGCUGCUGACCGCCUUGCGGAGCGAGGCGGUGGCCGCCAAUGUCGACAUGGCGGCGCAGCUGGGUAUUCCCGCUUCGGCGGCGGUCACGUGCGUGAAACCCUCGGGAACGGUUAGUCAGUUGGUGGACGCCGCGUCGGGCAUACACCCACGCCACGCCAAGUAUUACAUUCGACGCGUGCGGUGCAACAAGGAUGAUCCACUGACGGCCUUCCUGAAAUCCAACGGGGUGCCGUACGAAGACUGCGUCCUCAGGCCGGAUAGCACAACCAUAUUCUCGUUUCCUAUAAAAGCCCCGGAAGGCGCCGUGACCCGGGACGACGUCUCCGCGCUAAGUCAACUGGAGUUGUGUUUGUCGUACCAACGGUACUGGUGCGAACACAAGCCCUCUAUCACUGUGACUGUCCGCGAGGGGGAGUGGAUGGAGGUGGGCGCCUGGGUCUACAAACACUUCGACGAACUGUCAGGCGUGUCAUUCCUGCCGUACGACUGCGGCAGCUAUAAGCAGAUGCCGUACGAGACGGUGGACGAGCAGACGUACAACGAGUUGGCGGCCCGCAUGCCAUCGGCUCUUAACUGGUCGCUGCUUCGAGAGCUCGAGCGCGGGCCUGGCGCCGACGAAAAGAUGGAGGCCGAGCUGGCGUGCACCGCCGGCGGCUGCGAGAUGGUGGACAUUGCUUAA